AUGAUAAUCGCAGAUGAUACCCCAGAAUCUCCUGCAAAGACGGCACCUACAAACCUACCACUGCAAUACUCGACGCCCCCACCAGCUUAUGGAUCGGCUAGCUUGAAUGUUCCGAGACGCGUCUCUCCAGUACCCCCGGGACCUAUGUAUAACCCGUUGCCACUAGAACCUCCCUGCCGAAGGUCGCCGACGAAACGCUUCUUAAAGGCUUUCUGCGUGGCCAUCUUGAUCUGGUUUCUAGCUGCGAUGUUUAUGUCGAGCAUCAUGAACGCAGGCGGUUCUUACCGCGGGGGAGGGUAUCUGCAGGACGUUCCUGAUUCUGACUUUCCCAUUCCCAAUGGCUACACCGUUCGUGAGUGUAUUCGAGGAGAAGAUUGGACGUCGGCGGGAUCGGGAGGAGGUUUCCCUGGUCAACAAUAUUCUGCGCACACAUCUUUCGACCUGCCUUUGAAAUCGGAGACGCUCUUUUUGCUUUCCCAGGGCUCGUUGUCCUCUGGUGUCGUUAAGGUCGUGACCUCUCCGGCGCUUACAGACGUUGUAAGGGUGGAUGUUGCGAUCCAGUACUACAAGAGGAGGGUUUUGGACUAUGCCAGGGUCUGUCUCUUGGCGCGCCAGGAGGGAGAAAAUGGCGUGGGCGUAUUCACUCCGAGGUGGUUCAAUAAUCCCUCUUAUCAAGAUCGUCCGUACUUUGACAUCACCGUUACUAUCCCGGAGCCAUCGAGCACCUCUGCAUGCAAUAUCAAGAACUUUGAAACCGACGUCCAGAAUUUCGCUCAACUAUUCCAAGAUCUCGAGAAUCGAGUUCAUUUUAGCCAGAUAUCCUUGAGGGGAUCCAAUGGGCCGAUCCAGGCAGAGUCAUUGCAGUUUGAUUAUGGCAAAAUCGUGACAUCCAAUGCUCCAAUUCAGAUCAAUUCCCUCGAUGCUAUAGGCGCUGAUGUGCGCACGACCAACAGCCCCAUUAAAGGAAUCUUUGUCGCUUCCGGUAGUCUCGUCCUGAAGACAUCGAAUGCACCCAUACGCGUCGAUGUAGACUUGGGGGAUAUGGACACAACAAAGUCGACCUUGGAGCUUACCACGAGCAACAAUAUCAUCGAAGCUGGUAUCAAGCUAUUCAGCCCAUCCAGUGACGUCUCUGCGCACACUUCCAACGGACCUCUUGAGAUCAAGGUCCUCCAGUCUCCAGUAGACUCAAAAGUAAAAUUGGAUGCGCGCACCUCGAAUGCUUUUGCUGAGGUAUGGCUGCCCCCGACGUAUGAAGGCGCGUAUUCGCUCUCGACGUCGCAUAUGCAGCCGUCGUUGCUCGUGGAGGAGAUGUCGGAUCCGGCGGGGAGAGGUAGACGCAGGACUGUGAGGCAGAACACGGUGAGAAGGGGGGAGACUGUUGGAGAAGUGUAUUGGGAUGAGCGAAACAGGGGACGGGGGACGGCGUCGGUGCGGUCGUCGAACGGGCCUGUUUCGUUGAAGCUUUGA